AUGGAGCCGGGACGCGGGGCGGCCGCGACGCUGCUGGCGCUGCUGUGCGCAGUCUGUGCGCUGCGCUGCGGGCGCGCCCAGUACGAGCGCUACAGCUUCCGCAGCUUCCCGCGGGACGAGCUGAUGCCGCUCGAGUCGGCCUACCGGCACGCGCUGGACCAGUACAGCGGCGAGCACUGGGCGGAGAGCGUGGGCUACCUGGAGAUCAGCCUGCGGCUGCACCGCCUGCUGCGCGACAGCGAGGCCUUCUGCCACCGCAACUGCAGCGCCGUGCCCCAGCCCGAGCCGGCCGCCGGCCUCGCCCGCUACCCCGAGCUGCGCCUCUUCGGGGGCCUGCUGCGCCGCGCGCACUGCCUCAAGCGCUGCAAGCAGGGCCUGCCAGCCUUCCGCCAGUCGCAGCCCAGCCGCGAAGUGCUGGCCGACUUCCAGCGCCGGGAGCCCUACAAGUUCCUGCAGUUCGCCUACUUCAAGGCAAAUAAUCUCCCAAAGGCCAUUGCUGCCGCUCACACCUUUCUACUGAAGCAUCCCGAUGACGAAAUGAUGAAGAGAAACAUGGCGUAUUACAAGAGCUUGCCUGAUGCCGAGGACUACAUUAAGGACUUGGAAACCAAGUCAUAUGAGAGCCUGUUCGUCCGAGCCGUGCGGGCCUACAAUGGCGAGAACUGGAGGACGUCCGUCACAGACAUGGAGCUGGCCCUUCCCGAUUUCUUCAAAGCCUUUUACGAGUGUCUGGCGGCCUGCGAGGGCUCCAGGGAGAUCAAGGACUUCAAGGACUUCUAUCUUUCCAUAGCAGAUCAUUAUGUAGAAGUCCUGGAAUGCAAAAUGCAGUGUGAAAAGAACCUCACCCCCGUUGUAGGAGGCUAUCCCGUGGAGAAGUUUGUGGCCACCAUGUAUCAUUAUUUGCAGUUUGCUUAUUAUAAAUUGAACGACCUGAAGAACGCGGCCCCCUGUGCGGUCAGCUACCUGCUCUUUGACCACAGUGACAAGAUCAUGCAGCAGAACCUGGUGUAUUACCAGUACCACAGGGACAAGUGGGGCCUCUCGGACGAGCAUUUCCAGCCCAGACCAGAAGCAGUUCAGUUCUUCAAUGUAACUACGCUCCAGAAAGAGCUGUAUGACUUUGCUAAGGAAAAUAUAAUGGAUGAUGAUGAGGGAGAGGUUCUGGAAUACGUGGAUGACCUCUUGGAGCUGGAGGAGACCGGCUAGUCCACAGCAAAGAGAAGCCCCUGGAUGUCCAGGGGACACAGAUUCUGUCUGCCUUUCCCCAGUAGCCCACGUCGCUGAUACCUCAAAGCCUUCUCUUCACUCUGCGAAGUGACAGGGAAGCCUCGUCUCUCACUACGUAUGAUAAGGGACGAGCCUGCCUUCCCCGUGACCACACCUGCGUCCCCACGCGCCUCCCACCUUCACACGGGCCUUUCUCACUAUUUUGGUUGGAAGCACAGUCCUCCAUUUUUUCCCCCCAGAAAAUCACAAUUUUUUUUUUUUUAAUAAGAAAAAUACUCCUCAAAUUAGAUAAUUGUGAAAACCUAUUUUGGGCUUUCUGUUCUUUCAGGUUUUAGACUCCAUUAUCCCCACGCCCUGAUUCAGGAAGACAGUGGAAGACACGGGCCAAACUUCUCCACACACACCACCCCCCCCCCCCCCC